GCAGUGGCUGUUUCUUUAGGCCAAUUCAUUCAAUAUAAUUUUUCGAUCAUCUCAUACGAAGACACAAAUAACAUCACACUUGACACUGAUGGAACCGUAAUUCGUUACUACCAUCAGGUUUUAUCACUUCGCAAGCCUACAUAUAAGAAGGAAAGGUUUAGUUUAUAUGAUCACGUGGUUCAAUUAUUACCGUGCCACCCACCGGCGAAAUCUUUCGCGCCAUCCUUUGAGGGAUCGUUCUUCUUCACUUUAACGAACACAGAAAACGAUUUUCUGGGGGUGAUAAUAAGAUUUAUCGCGUAUGACCAAAAAAUGGGAGAAGGCUUUGACGAAGCAUUUACAACCGAAUUCCGCAAGAGAUACUCGGGCAAGUGGAGAGGAAUGUAG